AUUCAUUAGUUUUAAAAAUAAUAGAUUAGUUAGUUAGUUCCUUAAUUUUAGGUAUGAUGUAUAUUUAACAAUUAAAUUAGAUAUAAAUAGAAAUAAUAGGAAAUAUAAUUAAAUAUAAUGGUCCAACCUAGACUAUUUGUAAGUAGAUAAAAAUUGCUUCUGUUUUAAUAGUAUUGAUACUUACGAGCUGAACUGCUAAUUACUAGCUGAUUACUCUCUCCGUUAUUUUUUUUACAGCAAAAAAAAAUGUAUUAUUUUUUAUAAUUUUCAAUUUUCAAUAAUUUUUAACUAAUAGUAAUUUAAUAAAGUUAAUUUUUUAAAAAAAUUUAUAAUUUUUCAUAGAAAACACAAAAAAUACAUUUUUCUGAAACAAUUUUUUUUUAAAAAAAAUCUAUCAUUAAAAUAAAAUUUCUUAGAUUGUUAAUCAGUUAUGAAAUCUCCAACUCUACUCUAAUUUUCACUCUAAAAUAAAAUUUAGAAUAUAAAUGUUUUAAUAGUACUAUAUUUCUUACUUUAUAAUGAAGUAGAAAAUAUGUCUACUCUAAAUAUAGUGUAAUUUUUUUUUUGUCAUCACUUUAUUUUUUACUAUAAAAUUAAAAUAGAGUAUAAUUAGAGUAAACUCGAACUUUAUUAUAGAAUUACUCUAUUUUAAAAUAAAUCAUUGGAGAUGAUAUUACAUAGCGAACAAAUUCAUAUUUUAUUUGACUCCAAAUGAUAAAUUAUUCAUACAAUAAAAGAGAUAUUUUUUUUAUCAACGAAGUGUCUUUCUUCAGUUCAAAAAGAAACGAAGCGUCUUUCUUGCAUUUUAAUGCGAUGCUAGAAAGCCAUGAAACGAGCACUGAUUGAUACUGCAUCACAGCUUGCCUAGCCAAAAGAUUAGGUCAAAGAUUCUAGAUUUUCUUACACAUGAUUAUUUAUUUAUUCUUUUAACUGCUUUUCAAUAGUAAAACUGUGUAUACGGCUUUGAAUUGUCGUACGUAACCCAAGAGACUUGAAUUUUGUAACCGAACCAGAACCAUUUAUAAUGGCUCAUUCGAACCAUACUGGAUUAGGCACAGUUUUGUGAAACACUAGUUUGGCCUCUAAAAUUUUUGGAAGUCUUUUUUAUAAAAAUCAUUAAUAAAUAUUUAUAACUCUAAAAAUAUUUUUUUUUGAAUUCUAAAAAUCUUAAAUCCAAUUUUGAUCCAAACCAUGGUUUACUCGCAGCACGAUUCAAUUUAAUAAUUUUUAUGUUAUGCAGUGUAAGUUUAUAUUAUAUACAUAAGAGUAUAGGUUUACGUCACGGCUUAACAUGACAUUAUUAUGUUAAAAAAACAUGACAUUGUAAGUUGUAUACGUCGUGUGUAUCUGAACCUUAUAGAUAUACCUUUUAAUAUAAAGAGCAUCAUAGAUAUUUAGUAACAUAUACAAUUAUUUACAUAUAAAGUACUAUUUUAUCUUUUUCAAAUUGUUCUAUGUUUUUGAAAAAAAAAAAAAAAAUAUAUAUAUAUAUAUAUAUAUAUAUAUAUAUAUAUUAAUAUAUUUUUAUUAGGUAACUAAAAUGAUAAAAAAAAAUUCAAAAAAUUAUUUGUCUUUAUUAAAUUUUGAUUGGUUAAAAUUGUGAAAAUAGCUAAUUAUAAAAUAAUAUAUUUAUAAUCAAAUUUAAAUAGUUUAAUAAUAUACGCAAAAACUAUAAAAUAUUUUUCUUUUAAACAGAAAAAAUAAUAAGUAAAUAAUUUUUUUUUUGAGAAAAGGCUUUAAGAAAAAUGGAAUCAAAAUGGGUACAUCAAAGCAAAAUCCCAUAAGCUUAGAGCAUAUAUGACCUUCGUGCAUUGUCAAGCUUAUUAGUUUCACUCACUUCCCUUGCCACUAAUCUCAUAUCUUCUUUUUUUCUGGAUCCAAAAAUCUCUCCUCAACUUUUACAAUUUCUUGGAAUUUGUUUGUCUCUCCAAUUUAUCUAUCCAUAUUUAUUGACGAUUUUCUUUGAAAAGAAUCCAUGUUCUUUUUCUGUUGUUCAAAUUAUUGUUUUUUUUUUCUUACACUACUACUGUAUUUAUCUAUUCAAUUUUUAUAUGAUAACAUUUACUAAGAAACAACUGCAGUCUCUGCAGUGUAAUAUUGGCAUGCUAUAUUGCUAUGAUACAUGAUUUAUCAUCAAUAUGAUUUUCGAACACAAAUUAAAUACUGUCUAUUUUGUUGUAAUUUAUUGGUUUGUAAUUGAUAAUUUGGCUUUUUGUGUAAAAACCAUACAGAUUUGUAUAUUGCCUCGGUAACUUUGAAUCUGAAAAUUAAAAUUUGUCAAUAAUUGCUAUGUUCAAUUGGAAAAAUAAAAUACUUUUAAAAAUCAUCUAACAUAAAACCAAAACUUCAGGAAAACGUUAAUUAACUAGUAGAUUUUAAAUAUGUAGUCAAAUUUGAAGGCACAUCUAACCUAUACUAAAAGGAGGAUAUAUUGAUCAGAGAGGACGUCCACGUCAGACAAUAAAAUCCUCCAAUCAAAACAUAGGUAAUUGACACAUCAGAUGACACAUCCUUUCUUUUUCCAUCGACGACCCCUCUUCCUAAAAGUUAUUGUUUCCGCUUCGUCUUCUCUUCUGAACCCCUCUUCGAUCCAGCCUCCGCUUCUGUCAUCUCCUCAACCUCAGUUCCUGACGAUAACUCCGAUCUCAACCACGAGGUGUUCCCCGGAAUGGAGACUGUCUCAUCAAUCUCCCUGAAAGCUCACCAAUCUUCAUCCGACUGCUCAAACCUAGCUCGAAGCUCUUCCCCUUCUUUUCCUUACCAUGGUGAUUGAAAUUUUGAUGUUGAUUCCAAUCUAAAGCCUAAGGUAAUGUAAAGUCCUUUGCUUUCAAGUGUUUCGGGAAUGGGUUCUUUGCCAAGAGAUUGUUGAUUUGAUCAGAUUUAUCUUUGGGGGUUUUGUAAAGUUCUAGCCUUUAUGAUUUGAGCAUUGCUAUGUGUACCUCAAGUAUUGUAAUCAAAGAGAUUGUUGAUUUGAUUUGAUUUGAUCAGAUCUGUCUCUGGAUUUGUAAAGUUGGUAACUUUAUGAUUUGGGCAAUUUACAGAUAUGUAAGACGCAAUCAUUACCGUCCUCUUCAUCUUCUUCGCAAAAAGGCAUCUCCGACGCCAUGGUUUUCACAGAUUCCUUUAUUUUCCACUCGAUAUACAGAGACGAACCUUGAAGAACAAUGGCGACUUCCAAGAUACCACUUUCCGAAUAGAAGCCCGUGCAUUGCAGUCGAACCGUUGUCUCACGCUUCUCCGUUUUGGGAAGAUAUGAAAGUGAAGAAAGAUUGUGAAUUUAAGGACAUGACAUGCCGCUUUUGGAUGAUAAGUUAGUAUUCUACUGAUUUUGUUUUGUUAUUGUUGUUACUUUGUUUCUGUCUUUUAUGGGUCUCAUUUUCACAUAAUCUCUUUUUGCCUACAUGCAUCUCUCAUCCAAGCUUCUCCAUCACCUAAACACAUUCAGACAACUUCUUAGGGAGAGAGCUAUGUAUGGGCUUAGUGGGUUUGAUGUGAUCAGAAGCAAAAACCAUUUCAAGCUUUCAGUUUCAGUUGUUGCGAUCAGACUCUACGAGUUUAAAUUUCUUGCUGUUGCUAAUCCCAUCCCAUUCAAGUUCAGUAAGCUCGAGCAAGUGAUAGUGUUGACAAAUACAAAUGUCCAGUUGCAGGUACAUUUUUCUAUUUUGCAGCUUCUGUUCUCAGUAGUUGAAUACUCAGACAUCUCAUGCCAGCCACCUCUUCUCUUUCAGACAUCAUUGGUUGAUAAGUAAUAUUUUUCCACAGCAGAAAUAUUUUGUUUCAUGUAUUUUGAUCACCACUCCUGUUAAUUUAUAAAUAAACUACUUACUUUCUAAGCAGGAAAAUGAUUGUCUGCUUAUGUGUUUUUGACAGCCUUAACGAACUCUUUUAUAAUAGACUGAAAACUGGUGUUUGUCAGCCUAGAGUGAUGAUAGCGACCAGCAACAAUCCAAAGUUUGUAGGAGGUAAAUGUUCUUGGAAGACAAGCAGAUAUUACCCCACACAUAUUGCAAAAAUGGUUUCAUAACAUAUCUUUCUUUCUUAUAUGAAGCAAGCAAUGGGAGUUGACAUACCUUUUUACCUUGAUUAUGUAGUAACAUUUUUUCCACCUUUUUUAGAUUUUCAAAGCUGUAAUACUUUGCUCAAAUUUGGUAUUGGUUUUCCCUUCCUCUGUGAAGCUCGAGUCCUCUUAUAUUUUUUUGGUAAUCAAUGGACUCUCCAAGAUGAUUCAUUCUAAAUCUGUAGUAAAACCCAACAUCUUAAUCAUUUUAUGACUCACAUAAUUGUACUUUAUUUCUUUGGCAUCAACUUCCACAGCUUUUUCUAUCACCUGCAAAGACCCCAAGUUUGUCUCUUCAUCAAACUAUGCAUAUAGGUGGAUGAAAAAGCUUACCAUUAGCAUUCCCAGGUUUUUUCCCCCACCGAAAAUGAAAUAACCGUUCAACAGGAAGCUCUUUGCUAUCAGCAUUGACUUGAACCGCAUGUAGAAUAACCUACAGAUUUGUUUUUCUUUCUGUUUUCUCUCAAAGUCCCAAAUGUACAAUGCAUCAUAUGCAAGUUAACAGAUCGUUCUGUUAUGCCCAUGUUUUGUAGGUAAUGGUGUUAAGAGUAAUUACCUCUUUGAUGGAUGUGUGCAUGGCUUCAUACUGCUCUUUGGAGAGGAAUGCAUAAUUCACAAAGGGGAUGAGUUCUCCUUCACCAGUGGUUUAAUCGGCUCUUUCAACUCUCUUGCCAGCUUAACUCUCCUAUUUUUCGAGCAAUCCUCUAGCGUCUAAUUUGUUAUUCUGUAGUCUUACAAUUUAGCUAUCAAAAUAUUAUGAUCAUUAUACCAAUCUUGAUUACAACACUAAACAAAGAAAAGAUAAAAACUAUUUUUCUAACAUAAGCUUGCUAAGUUUUAAUAAAAAGAGUAAAAUGUUAUUAAAAGUAUCUUUUUUGGUUAUGCGGAAAAAAGAAUUCAAAAUAACUAUAUGAUUGAUUAGGAACAAAAGGUUGAUAAAAGUGGGUUGGUUUGAAGAAUUUACGUGGUAACUAACAAAAGAAAAAAAAAAUAAAUCAACAAUCUAUAUUUAACAGUAUCUUAAUAAAUCCAUACAUAAAGCUCGCUAAGUUUUCAUAAAGUAUAAGUAAAGUUUUAAUCAAAAAGAGUUAAAUGUUAUAAGUAAAUUUUUUUUUUUGCUUCCGAAUAAAAGAAUUCGGAAUACCUAUGUGAUUAUAGGAGCACAAAAAUGAUUAAAGGUAGAUUUUUUGGAAGACUUCACGUUGUAAUCAAUUAAAGAAAUAAAUUAUAUAAACAAUAAUAUAUAUUUAUAUAUAGUAAAAUAAUUUUGAUUUCAAGUAACCAUUUCCUAAAAAUGAUAAAUCAGAAAUUAACAUAUAACAUAGUUAUUAUAAUAUCUUUUUGUCAACUUUAUUAUAAUUUCUAUAUAAAUAAAGUUGAUCAUUCCUUUUACAGAAUGACACAUCAUCAGCUUUCACAAGUUCAGUCCCACCAACGAGUCAAUAUUAGUGUUAUUGGAUUUACAAAUUAUUUCUAAUUCGACCAUGUUCGGUUAUUACUCCUUAAUCUAUUAACAUUAUUGGCCAUAAAGUUCAUACAACAAAAAAAAAAGUUCAUACACCAAACUGUCAGUGAUGAUAUAUAUGACAGUUUUACACAACAUUGAAGCAUAACCGGCUUCAUCUCACCUCCCCCCACCACCCGUAACCAGGUCACGAUGUAACUUAUUUCAAUAAUGACUCAUAAUUCAACUUAGAAGAAAUAAAAGAUGAUAUAAAACCACAAAAAAAUAACGUAUAGUAUUUAAUGGUAAUUUUUAGUAUUUGGCUACAUGUAUAAUUGUAAGUUUCGUAUUAUAACUGUAAUUUUGAAAUAUUCACUAAAAUUAAUAAUAUAUUUAUGUAAUAUUUUUAUAUGCUAACCCGUCCGUAGGGCGGGCCAAAUCCUAGUAAAUUAUAAGAAUAGAUGAUAAACCGACCCCAACAAAUUUUGAGGGGAAAAUGUUCCUCUUUUUUUUUUUUUGAACACAAGGGGAAAAUGUUCCUCUUGGUUUUAUUUUUCAAGAGGUAUCUUUUUUUUUUCUCUUAUAAACCGAUUACAUGUAAGGUAAAGUGUAAUAGUGGAGACACACUAAUGUCGAAGUGAAGAAAAAUAGUUUACCUGAUAGAUGAAUCUACUUGGAAAUUGAUGAAAUUUCGCGGCGAUCGAGGAUGAGGUACCCCAUUAUCACUUAACCGAUUUAUUAUUUGAAGUACAGAAAUACCUUUUGGUGAACAUAACUUUUUGAAAUUAACUUUUCCUUUUUAGAUUUAAAACUGUCUGACAAUAUAUAUGACGUAUUUUGUUACACAUUAAUCAUUACACUUGAUCCAACAAUUUAUCGACGUUGUGGUUUGCAUUAUCUUUUUCACCAACCUAUGUUUUUUCUUUUUGUAACUGGCUUUAUAUCACCAAUAUAAGUUGUAGUACAGGAUGUUGAAUUUCAACCCGUCACCAGUGUUGAAAAUAAAAAUAUAAUAUUAUCCCCUCUGUCUUUUGAAAAAUGUCAGUUUUAACAUUUUUUCUCGUUACACAAAAAUAUUAUUUUAAAAAUUUUAUUGUAAAUUAUAACUAUUUUUAGUUAAUAUUAAUUAUAAAUUACACUAAUUUUAUAAAUAAUUUUAUUUAUUUUAAAUAAUAUAUAUCAAUAAAAUAUAAUCAAUAAAAUUAUAAAUAUAUUUCAAUCAUUUUCUUAGUCGGUGUGAAGUGAUACUUUUUACGAAGUGGAAGUAAUAUUUUUUGGUAGAGUUCUAGCUGAAAUUUCCUUUAUUUAGAUUCAAUUUGCUUUUGCUACCAAACCGCACUUUAACUUGAAUAAUGUUUACCCAUAUGCAAGGCUUGGGGAGUCUGUCCUACAGAGCAUUUGAAAUUUCCAUGAUAACAAAAAAAAUUGUUUGACAGCUAGAAAUCGACGAUUGAGCUACCCAUAUCAUGCUAGAUGACCAUAACUUUCCAGAAAAACAUACAUUUAUUGUAAAACUCACUCGAUUGUUGUAGUUUUUUGUUUUCAAAAUAUCACUGCUAAUGCUGUUAAUUAAGGUUACAGAAAUAAGCUGAGGAUAUUAUUUCUUAUUCAAGCCUCUAAUAUUGAGUAUAUCUAACCUAUAAUCCCAAGAGUAUGAUUGGAUGGUAUUGUUAGAGUAAUAAAAAUUGGAGUAAAUAUUUUUACUUUCAAUCUCACUUAAAUACAUCCAAUCAGGUUGAAAAAGGUAGAAAAGAGUUUCCACUCAGUUACACUAGAAAACAAAAUAUUUGGUCAGUUAUUACUGAUUUUCCACCACAUUUUUACUCUAGAAUAAUGAAGAGUAAACCAGCGUAACGCAUUAGAUAAUUAAUUCUUUCCACUUUAUUUUUUUAAUUUUACUCUUAUUUACGCUCUGAUGUUUCCAAUCAAACCCCAAAUGUGUGAUCAAAUGAACGAAAACGUUCAAUCUAUAAUUAAAAUAAUGUGGAACUAGAUCUAUAUUAAAAUAACGUUUAAGAUUUUAGUUCAUUUUAAAAAUGUACGAAUUCAAAUUUAGCAUUAAUAAUAACGAUAAAUUUCAUGAGAAAAUCCACAAAUGACAGAUUGUGAUAAAUAUGUCAGAAAAGGGAAACAAAGAGGACAUACUAGUCGGAAAUGCAUAAAACAAAAGGCAAGUAACAAAUCAGAGAAGUUUUUUCAGAGCCUACAAAUUAAAUAGUUUGUUUUGGGUUUACGUAACAUUAUACAUUUAUGAUAUGUAUUCUUAUUUUUGAUUGACAAAAAAGAAAAGAAAUAUAUUCUUAUUUAUUUUAUGUUUGUUUGUGAAGGGGAGAAUGUGAGGAGAGGAUUGAAACACGACUGAAGAGAGAAGGAGCAGACAGUUGAAGACAGAUCUUAUCUCUAUCCCUCCCACGACUCUUCUCUUCGGAAACACAAAGCUAUCUGUUCUUUUAUUUAAAGUAAUUAUUAUCCUGAACAUAUUUUAUCAUUUCACGUAAAAUAAAUAGCCAGAGAAACAAUUUCGAAAUCUUGUGAACUAUACGUUGACAUUAAUGAGAUGUGUCAUGCACGUGAUGGAAAAACUAAAUAAGGAAAGGCUGUACAUAGAAAUCUUCUUGGUUAAGAGACAAAAGAUCUUUUCAAGGCUUUGGUCCAUGCAUGUAUCUGCCUUUCUUUUUUUUUCCCAUGGUUUUCUACCUUACUAUUUGUGGAUUUAUACAUUUCUUCCUACUCUAUGAAAUUCGUAGGGUCACAAAAUUCAAAUUACAACGAAAAUCAAAUAAAUAGUAUUUAAUAAAUUUAUGUAAAACCAAAAAUAUAAGAAAACUGCUCUGUUCAAAAAAAAAAAAACUGUAUGUAGUUAUGCUACCCGUAAUACCAUUGUCGGUAUGUCAAAAUCUAACAUAUUUAAGAAUGAAGUAAUUGGAUGAUUUGUUGGGUGGUGAAUGGAAUGCACGUGCUUGAUAAGUUAAGUUAGUAGUAAGCUAGAAAAUGAAGGAUAAUGCGUUAACAUGUGCAUCAUCCCGACAAAGAAAAUCUCGCAAGCAAAUAUAGAUAUGUACCUACAUAUAUUAUAAGAACCAAAAUGUGAAUCUAUACACCACCCUAGACUACAAGGAAAUAACAAUCCCUAUAUAUUAGAUUUAUAGGCCAAAAGAAAAAAACAACCCCCCCCCCCUUUCAUAUAGUUUGUAUGUUUAUAUUACGGUGAACUUUUUACAUUUAUAUCAGGAAUACUAAAAUAAUUUUCAACGGAUGUCAUAAAUAGGUCCAGUUAUAUACACCAUAUGGAGUAUAUCAAUGCAUAUAUUACACCAGAAACACACACACGCAUAUCUUACACAUUUACAUAUAUAUGAUUUAUAAUAGAAUUAUAGGUAAUUUUUUUUUCUUUGAAACAUAUUCAGACACAUAUUUGUUCAAAAGACAUAUAUAUAGACACAUAUAAAUAGAGGCAGAUAAGAUACAUGUAACCGCAGCAUUGGUAUCUCAAACAAAUAUAUGCCAACUAUCUCUCUCUCUCUCAUCACUAUUCUCCAUUUUUUUGUCUCUCAUUCAAAUGUCAAUAAAUCAAUAUUCAAGCGAGUUCUACUACCAUUCUCUCAUGUGGCAACAACAGCAGCAACACCACCAUCAAAACGAAGUCGUGGAGGAAAAAGAAGCUCUUUUCGAGAAACCCUUAACCCCAAGUGACGUCGGAAAACUAAACCGCCUAGUCAUCCCUAAACAGCACGCCGAGAGAUACUUCCCUCUCGCCGCCGCCGCGGUAGACGCCGUGGAGAAGGGAUUACUCCUCUGCUUCGAGGACGAGGAAGGUAAGCCAUGGAGAUUCAGAUACUCUUAUUGGAAUAGUAGCCAGAGUUACGUCUUGACCAAAGGAUGGAGCAGAUAUGUUAAAGAGAAGCAACUUGACGCCGGCGACGUUGUUCUCUUUCAUCGCCACCGUGCUGACGGUGGAAGAUUCUUCAUUGGCUGGAGAAGACGCGGCGACUCUUCCUCCUCCUCCGACUCUUAUCGCAAUCUUCAAUCUAAUUCCUCGCUCCAAUAUUAUCCUCAUGCAGGGGCUCAAGCGGUGGAGAACCAGAGAGGUAACUCCAAGACAUUGAGACUUUUUGGAGUGAACAUGGAGUGCCAGAUAGACUCAGACUGGUCCGAGCCAUCCACACCUGACGGUUUUACCACAUGUCCAACCAAUCACGACCAGUUUCCUAUCUACCCUGAACACUUUCCUCCUCCGUACUACAUGGACGUAAGUUUCACAGGAGAUGUGCACCAGACGAGUAGCCAACAAGGAUAGAACAAAUACUUCACAUCUGGUCCUUGUGUUUUAGAUGUUGAUCCAAUAAAUUAAGCUUCAUUUUGUAUUACUUAUAGCAAAAUCGUAUUGAUUCUUCGUUUAACCUUUCUCAGCUUUCACUCUCUUCUUUUUGUCUUUCUCUAUGUAUUAGAUUCUUUCUAUUAGUUAACAAUUGUACAAAGUUCUGGAUAUUCCAAAAUCAUAUUUUAUAUAUUAACUCCCAAUUA